CUGGGGUUAUCGUGGUAAUUACUGGGGAGAUUGGCGGGUGUAGGGAGUUGCCUCGUGUGCUGCUCCCAGGCUAUACGAGAAGGUGGAUCUUUCCUCCCCACCCUGUCAGAGGUUCUCUAUCCUUUUGCCAUCAUGAGUAAUGAAUUCUUGGCGGAGCUGCAUUGGGACGAUGGGUUCGCCAUCCCGGUGGCAAACGAGGAGAACAGGAUCCUGGAAGAUCAGUUGUCAAAGCUGCAGGAGGAAAAGUCAAGCUUGCAAGAUCAGCUACGUGACUAUGAAGAUCGAAUUAAUGCUAUGACUUCUCACUUCAAAAAUGUUAAGCAAGAGUUUUCGUUUACGCAGUCUCUUUGUAAAGCAAGAGAGCAUGAGAUUGAAAGUGAAGAGCAUUUUAAGAUCAUUGCUGAGAGAGAACUGGGACGAGUGAAGGAUGAAAUCCAACGACUACAAAAUGAAAUGGCUUCAAUACAGGAGAAGAAAAGUGAUAAGGAAACUAACAUAUUUAAAACUACUCAAAAAUUGGAUAGUUUGAAAUGUCAGAUGAACUGGGACCAGCAAGCCUUGGAAGCCUGGUUAGAAGAAUCAGCUCAUAAAGAUAGUGAUGCCCUCAUUCUUCAGAAGUACGCACAACAAGAUGAUAAUAAAAUUAGGGCACUGACGUUGCAAUUAGAAAGACUGACUUUGGAAUGUCAUCAGAAAAGAAAGGUACUUGACAACGAACUUACAGAGACUCUAAGUGCACAGUUAGAAUUGGAUAAAGCAGCACAAGAUUUUCGUAAAAUUCAUAAUGAAAGACAAGAACUCAUUAAACAGUGGGAGAACACAAUAGAACAGAUGCAGAAGAGAGAUCGAGACAUUGAUAACUGUGCCUUGGCAUUAGCAAGGAUAAAGCAGGAAAUAAGAGAAAAAGAAAAUUUGGUUAAAGAAAAGAUCAAGUUUUUGGAAAGUGAGAUUGGAAAUAACACAGAGUAUGAGAAAAGAAUUUCUGUUGCUGAUCGGAAAGUUUUAAAAUGUAGAAUGGAGUAUCAGCGUCAUGAAACUAAUAGAAAUCAGCUGAAGGAUGAGCUGGAUUCUUUAAAAGCCACUGUGAAUAGAAGUUCUAGUGAUUUAGAAGCUCUGCGGAAAAAUAUUUCCAAAGUAAAAAAGGACAUUCAUGAAGAAACAGCAAGGUUACACAAAAUUAAAAAUCAUAAUCAGAUUGUAAAGAAAAAAUUAAAGCAGAUAACUGAGAAAACUAUGUCUGUAGAAGAGAAAGCUACCAAUUUGGAAGAUAUGCUAAGGGAGGAGGAAAAAAGUAUAAAGGAAGUGCAAGUUCAAUUGAACAUAAUGAAAGAUGUGCUAUUUAAGAAAGUUCAGGAAUUACAGACUGAGACAAUGAAAGAAAAAGCUGUCUUAUCAGAAAUUGAAGGAACUCGUUCCUCUCUAAAGCACCUCAACCAUCAGUUACAUAAACUGGAUUUUGAAACCUUGAAGCAGCAAGAAAUUAUGUACAGUCAGGAUUUUUACAUUCAACAAGUGGAACGCCGAAUGUCACGAUUAAAAGGAGAAAUUAAUUCUGAAGAAAAACAAGCUCUUGAAGCAAAAAUUGUUGAACUUAAAAAGACAUUGGAAGAGAAAAAAUCUACAUUUGGCCUUUUGGAAACACAGAUCAAAAAGCUUCAUAACGAUCUUUAUUUUAUCAAGAAGUCACAUAGUAAAAAUUGUGGUGAAAAACAGUCCCUCAUGACCAAAAUAAAUGAACUAAACCUUUUCAAUGACAGAUCAGAGAAAGAAUUUAAUAAAGCCAAAGCUUUGAAACAGGAUUUGAUGAUAGAAGACAACCUUUUAAAACUUGAAGUUAAGCGUACUCGAGAAAUGCUUCACAAUAAGGCAGAAGAAGUACUUUCUCUGGAAAAAAGAAAACAACAAUUACACAGAGCUAUGGAAGAAAGAAUUGAAGAAAUUAAGGUUCAUAAAACAAUGCUUGCAUCACAAAUAAGAUAUGUUGAUCAAGAACGGCAAAACAUAAGUGCUGAGUUUCAUGAGAGGCUAAGUAAAAUUGAUAAGCUGAAGAACAGAUAUGAAAUCCUUACUGUUGUUAUGCUGCCUCCUGAAGGAGAAGAGGAGAAAACACAGGCCUAUUAUGUAAUAAAGGCUGCUCAAGAAAAAGAAGAACUUAAAAGGGAAGGUGACAGUUUGGAUGCUAAGAUCAACAAAGCUGAAAAAGAAAUCUAUGCUCUAGAAAACACCUUACAAGUGCUGAGAAGUUGCAACAACAACUAUAAACAGUCUUUUAAAAAAGUGACUCCAUCUAGUGAUGAGUAUGAACUAAAAAUCCAACUAGAAGAACAAAAAAGAGCUAUUGAUGAAAAAUACAGAUACAAACAAAGACAAAUCAGGGAACUACAGGAAGAUAUCCAGAGCAUGGAAAAUACUUUAGAAGUUAUAGAGCAUUUAACAAAUAAUGUCAAAGAAAAAUUAUCAGAGAAGCAGGCUUUUUCAUCUCAGCUACAGAAAGAAACUGGGGAGCAGAAGCCAAAAUUAGAGAGAGUAACUAAACAGUGUGCAAAACUCACCAGGGAAAUCCGACUUUUGAAAGACACAAAAGAGGAAACACUAGAAGAACAAGACAUCAAACUUCGUGAAGUGAAACACUUCCACAAGAUCAUUGAUGAAAUGCUAGUCAAGGUCACUGAAGAAAAUGCUGAAAUCCAUAUUAUCCUUCAAACAUACUUUCAGCAGAAUGGUUUGGAACUACCUACAGCUGGUAGUAAAGGUAGUCGCCAGACUUCUAGAUCACCUUCACAGACUUCACUGUUGUCAGCAAGAUCAUCCAGAAGUACAAGUACUUCUGCUUCUCAGACUUCAGUUAAAGUAUUAGAGCUGAACUUCCCAGACUCUUCUCCAGGAAUUGGUAACACGAGUAAUAGGCCAAGUGCUACCAACAUCUCUAGUAAUGGUAAAAACAAAAAAGGCAGCAAAUAAACAUCUUAAUCUCU